AUGGCUGACGGGCUCAACCAAGCACGCGCCUUGAGAGUCGCAGAAAUCAUGAAUGACUACCGGACCCUCCUCGUGCAUAUCUCGCAGCUUAACGUCCGCGCAUCGCAAGAAGAUCAAGCGGAAGAGGGAUUCAGAGAAAUCCGAGACUGUCUAGCGGCUGCGAACGCCUUGAUGGCUUCGGGCUACAGUCCUAGCGCCCUGCCAGCUCAGGCCUCGAACGAAGAAGCGGAACGAGUCCAAUUGCAAAGGGUCAUACUCGAUGGCAGCGCCCGACGGUUUCAAGCGCAUCGAAUCUAUCUCCGCGCAGCAGCAGCAAAGCGAUGGGUUAUGCAUCGCGAAAAUAUCCUUCGCGGACAUCGACCAGGACCGCAGCAUUCUCCGCAAUUGAAAGCCAUCGGCAAUACCUUCCGUCAGGAACUCGCAGGAGUGACGAACCAAUACGUGGCUGCUGACCUCCGCGCUGCUGAUAUGCGAGCAGGCCACUGGCUCAACGAUGACCCGUCCCUCGAGGCGAUUCUUUCAUGGAUCCGGUCACAUCCAUAA